AUGGCACGUCCAAAGAAGACUGAGGAGAAACCAAAGGAGGGAGGAGAUGGAGCAACUCUUCAAAUUGAUGUUGCAAGCUUUGUGAGAACCAGAGAUACAUUUAUCGGUGGUCUCGCGACUUUACAAGAAGCCAUUCAAAGUGUCUCUUCGGCCUACAUCAAACAUACCAAUGCUGUUCUCGGAGAACACGGCGCAGGUUAUGAUAUCGAUACAGCGCUAUCCAAGCUUGGUGAAAAUCCUCUCCUCGGAAGUCUCGGUGCUCUUCAACGCGCUGCAAGCCCGGUGGUGAUCAAGGCCGUCGAGCAAGCUCCAGAGAAGAAAGAAAGAAAGAAGAGACAACAUGAUCCCAAUGCGCCAAAGCGUCCUCUCACUCCAUUCUUCCUCUACAUGCAAACCGCUCGUCCUAUUAUCGCAAAAGAUCUCGGUGAUGUUCCCAAGGGAGAGGUUUCGAGCGAAGGUACGAAGAGAUGGACUGAUAUGGCUCUCAAGGAUAAAGCUCUUUGGCAAGAUGCCUACAAGGACAACCUCCGUCUCUACAACGCGCGCAUGCACUCUUAUCGCAGAGGUAACCUCACUGCUAAGGAGAUGGGUGAUGACGCUGCCGCUGCAUAUGCAGAUGAAAACAACAUUGGCGCAGAUGCCUCAGCAGAUGCUCAGCUCGUAGGAGAAGCCACUGCUGGCGUUCCAGCUGCUGUCGAAGAAGAAGAAGACGCAGAAGGUGAACCUGAACCGGAAGUCGAGGCAGAGGCCGAGGCAGAAGUUGAAAAAUCACCAACCCCCGCUCCAAAAACACCCAAGGCCAAAGGACGCAAAGCCAAGGGUAAAUCCGAUGUCGCUGAAGAAAUCCCCCCUCCAUCCUCAGCUUCAAUUGUACCACCUCAAAAGGAGGCGAGUCCAGCUAGAAAGCGCAAGCGUGUGGCCAAGAAGGGAGCAGAUGAGCCAGUUGCCACUACAGAGCAAGAAGAGGCAACCAUUGAAACACCAAAAUCCGCACCAAAGUCUAGAAAGAAGAAGACCAAGACCGAUGCUUAG